GGUCGCGGAGGAAGGAAAGUGUCAUUUGCCCGUGCGUUAAUUCACCGAGCAUGUUUGAAAAACACUUGUUUAUAUGCUGUUAGCGUGAGGUUUGUUUUUUUGGACGAUUCCGCCGCGUUCAGGUUUUAGUCUACUAAACAGCUAUGGGCGAUAAAGUUAUGGAUACCAGCUAACGUUAGCUAACUGAAUGUCUUUCAGUGUGUUACAGUUGGUCAGAAGUUGGCUAGUUCCAAGCUAGCUACUACGUAGCUAACGUUAGAGCAGUGAGGACAGGCUGCUAUUUAUUGUGAGCCACUGAUAGCCUGCUGUGGGUUGUGGCCAGCUACAAAAACAUCACGUCUGUCGAGCUGCCGUGUUCUCCUGUUGUGGACGCGAGGAGUUGUUUGGAGUAUCCAACAUGGAUCCAUUUGACAGCAACAGUUCAGACCGAGCCAACCUGCCGAGGAACAUGAUUGAGAACAGCAUGUUUGAAGAAGAGCCUGAUGUAGUGGAUUUGGCCAAAGACUCCACUGCAUUUCCGACGUUUCCUGCUCUUGACCCAGAUGAGGUGGUGUAUGAGCCUCGUAGCUCACGGUUGCUUGUGCGAGGCCUGGGAGAGAAUGACAUGGACGAGGACGAGGAGGACUGCGAGUCUUCAGCCCGUCUGCUCGGCAUGUCCUUCAUGAACCGCAGCUCCGCUCACAGAUCCAACUCUUCCCCUUACACCAGACAGGCUCCACCCAGGUCAUGUUCACGACCCUCAGCCCGUACCAUGGUUGUUUGUGUGUUAUUCCUGGUGAUAGUAGCCUCUAUGACCAUGGUACUCUACUUCUUGCCUGGAUGCACCUUUACCAGGACGGGUUGUCGAAAGGCCAACAAAACCACUCCUAUACAGCCAGUCUACCCUGUGUCGACAAAUGGCCAACUGUUUCCAUGGGCACAGCUCCGACUGCCUCAAAGCAUUCAUCCUCUUAGCUACGACCUCACCCUGAAUCCUGACCUUGACAACAUGACCUUCACCGGCCGCACUAUAAUCGGCAUGUCUGUGCUGCAACACACCAAGCGCAUUGUCCUGCACAGCGCUAAUCUCAACAUCACCAAAGCUACGUUCAAGCUGGAUAAUGAGGAGGCCAGAGAUGUGAUUGUACUGGAGUACAAACCCAGACAGCAGAUAGCAGUUCAGUUCACUGAGGAGCUGAAGGCAGGCCAGUACUGUGUUUUGACCCUGGAGUACUCUGCCAACCUCUCACACACCUAUGAUGGUUUCUACAACAGCUCAUACACUGAUAAAGAUGGGAACAAAAGGGUCUUAGCUGCCACCCAGUUUGAGCCACUAUCAGCAAGAAAGGCCUUUCCUUGCUUUGAUGAACCAGCUUUCAAAGCCACCUUCCUGAUUAAAAUCAACAAGAAAAAGGAAUACAUGACUCUUUCCAACAUGCCUCUGGCUAAAAGCACACCACUUCCAAAUGGCCUCGUGGAAGAUGAAUUUGAAAAGACCAGUGUCAACAUGAGCACCUACAUUGUGGCCUUCAUUGUUGCUAACUUCAACCCUAACAGCAAAAAUGUCUCAGAAACUCUGGUGUCUGUGUACUCUGUGCCAGAGAAGAAGGAGCACACUAACUAUGCUCUGGAGACAGCCUCCAAACUGCUGGAGUUCUACAAUGACUUCUUUGAAAUUAACUACCCCCUCAAAAAACUAGACCUGGUGGCUAUCCCAGACUUCCUAGCAGGAGCCAUGGAGAACUGGGGACUCAUCACUUUCAGAGAGACCAGCCUGCUGGUGGGCAAACAGUCCUCCCCUCUGGAAAAACAAGUCGUUGCCUCCGUCAUAGCGCAUGAGCUUGCUCAUCAGUGGUUUGGAAACUUGGUAACGAUGAGUUGGUGGAAUGACUUGUGGCUCAACGAGGGCUUUGCCACUUACAUGCAGUACAUGUCGCUGCAGACAGUGUUGCCCAAGCUGGACAUUGGUAAUUUGUUCCUGGCAGUACGCUUCAGAGCCUUGGAUAAAGAUGCACUAAACUCCUCCCACGCUGUGUCAACUGAGGUUAAUAAGCCGGAACAGGUGGAAGAGAUGUUUGACUCCGUCUCCUAUGAGAAGGGUGCGUCUAUUCUCCUGAUGCUGAACGCCUCCCUGCCAGGUGACCAACAGUUCAGAAAGGGCAUCAUUCAAUACCUGAAACAGUUUAGUGGAUUAAACACGGACACUGACGACCUCUGGAACAGUUUGACACAGGUCGAGGUUUCAACGCAGCACCAGAAUGUGUCGGAGAUGAUGAGCUCAUGGACGUCAAAGAAAGGCUUCCCAUUGGUUACUGUAAGCCGCACAGGAGAUCAGGUGACCCUCACACAGGAGCACUUCCUGCUCACGUCUGACAGUGCCACGCAUACUUCCAGCUUGUGGAAUAUUCCUGUGACGUACGUGACUGACAACUGUAGUUUUGCCCCUGAGUGCAGACAGAUUUUCACUUUGAAGACCAAGUCAGAAACUCUCAAAGUACCAGAAAGUGUAAAGUGGCUGAAGUUGAACUACAAAAACACAGGCUUCUACAUUGUCCACUAUGGAGAGGACGGCUGGGAAGCUCUUACCGCUGCUUUGUCCAACGAUGUCAGUGUUCUCACACAAGAAGACCGUGCCUCGCUCAUACACAACAUCUUCGCUCUGUCAAGACUGGGACGUGUGACCUUCCACCAAGUACUCAACCUGCUGAAUUACAUGUCGAAAGAAACGGAGACUUCUCCUGUGACAGAGGCGUUGUUACAGCUCAAUGUAAUCUACCGGCUGCUGGACAAAAGACAAGAGCACGAUCUAGUGGCCCGCAUGAAGACUCGUAUUCAGCAUCAGUUUGGUUCUCUGAUGGACAACCAAACAUGGGGCGAGGAGGAGAGCGUGUCUAAACAGGAGCUGCGCUCAGCCCUGCUUGGGACGGCCUGUAGUCUGGGUAAAGAAAGCUGCGUUCAGAGAGCAAAAGAAGAGUUCAAGAAGUAUGUCGAGUCCAAUGGGACCUCAGGGAUCCCUGGUGAUCUGCAGCAAGUUGUAUUCACUGUGGCUGCUCAGUCAAAUAAAGACUGGGAAACUUUGCUCAGCAUGUACCAAUAUGCCACCUAUGAUGCAGAGAAGAGAAAAAUGCUGCGAGGCCUAGCAUCUACUCAGGACGCACGUUCUAUUGUAUGGAUUCUAAAGGAAGGUCUGAAGGGAGAUAUCAUCCAGACACAGGAGUUGCCGCUGGUCAUCAGCACUGUAUGUAACGGCUUUGCAGGCUACCUGUUUGCCUGGGAUUUCAUACAAGAGAACUGGGAUCGGCUCAUAGAGAAGUUCCCUGUGGGCUCCUUUGCCAUUCAGUCAAUCAUCAAGUCUGCCACCUCUCAGUUCUCCACACAGACACACCUUGAUCAAGUUCAGGGUUUCUUCUCCAGUCUGAAGGAGCGUGGAUCUCACAUGAGAAGUGUGCAGGAAGCUUUGGAAACCAUCAGGCUGAACCAGCGCUGGAUGGACAAAAACUUGUCCGCGCUCAAGAACUGGCUCUAAUACGGGCGCUCCAUCCAGUCUCCGCCCCACUGACAGGCAACAGGGGCAUGUUGUCAAGACAACAGCAGCGUUUGCACUAUUGUAGGACUGUGUCUCUUAACCCCCUUUAUCCAGGUCAGAGUACUAAUCAAAGCCAGAGGUUGUGCUCUACCUGGGUGGACAAGGUGUUGGAUUUUACUGAGAUUGGUCCUGUGAGUUGUAUUUGCUAGCUCAGGGUGGCUAUGAUUGUGUGUCUGACAGGAAGUUGUCGGACGCAAACACACUCCUCACACUUUAUGCUAUCGACCAAACCUCUCAUCUGCUACUCUCAUCUAAACCUCAUGCCUGAGCAGACAAUCAUUUUUCUCCCACACUCCUUUCACUCAGCCUGCUCUCAGGCAGUUCACUGUAUGAGCUCAGUAAUGGCCACUUCAAAGAGAAGUAUGAAGAAUGUCAACAUUAUUGUGUAUGUAUGUUCUGUCAGUGAGUUCUGCACUUUCUCUCUUAAAUCGUCAGAUAUAUGUUGCAGCCGUCAGGGAUCUCUUAGUAAUGAGAAGUUAAAAUUACCGGUACUUUAGAGAGGAAUUGUGCUUAGAAUUAGCCUGACCUUGUAUCGUCGUGUUAGAAAAAUAGCUAACUGCCAUUCUGAGCUCUAGUUACUCAUGCAGCCAGAAGCAUUUACUAUAUAAGUCACAAUUUGGCUAGUAGAUUGCUUGGUUUGUUGGUUGAUUGAUAGCUUAAAAUACCAAACUUGUGUUGGAAUCAAUUGAAUGUACUGAAAACCUUCCCACUGUGUACAGUAGAUGGCGUACUGCACAGCAGCACGGGUUUAAAUCAACAACCAAUGUGUCUUAGGUGAGAGCAGGCAGUGCACGCUGGAGCCAAAUCUUUCUUUCUUUCUUCUACCAGUCAUAAGCCCAGUUCAGCUCUGAUCAACAAGUUUUAUUUUAUGAUAGCUUUUUGCCUGCAGUGCAGUCAUUGUACAAACUCAUUCUUUAACACAGUGUGCUUGUAAACUUGUAAUUAUGAUGUAAAUAUGCUCAACCCCACAGCAUUUUCCCCUGCGAUUUUGGAUGUACUAUUCUUGACUUUUAACAUUUUAGGAUUUGCUUUGUGUUGUGUAUAUAGAGUGUAAAGAAGCAAUGUAUACAUAGAAUUGAUCAAGAGUCUUGGUCAAAUACUUUUACUGUAUUUCUUGAUUGAAACCACCCAAGGGAGGUCAUUUGCUCAUGCUUGUGUUUUAAGGGCUAAUGUGCAUAUUGAAGAUACAAAGCGUAUAGAAGAACAUUUAUGUUGGGCAUAACUAAUAUGUCCAGUGAGCUGUUCAUCAGCCACAUAAACAUACAGAAGGUUUAAAGUUACUCCAAUGUUCCCCGGUUGUAUUGCUCUUGAGAAUGAGGAGUAGCCUCGCUAUUUAUUGACAAUGUCUAAACAUGUUUCCCCAGCUUUUGUUACAAGAUUUUAUUUAAAUACAGUUGUACACUCAUCCUGAGUUUUAUUUAAAGUGGUACUGCCUUCUUAUCCACUCCAUCACUGUCAUGAAACCCAGGAUAAAUUUGUGUUUUUUUAAAAUACCUUACAUCGUCAUGAGAAAUGCAUCUCUGUUUUUGGUUGUCAUAUUAUCUUUGUCUGAAGCAUCUUUGUCUCAUUUAUGUAAAAAAAAAAAAAAAGUGACUGAAAUGUAUCACAAGGCCAAACAUUGGUUCAAUCCCUGGUAGUGUGUGUUGUGUGCUUGUUGCUGCACUACUGGUUGAUCGAAAGUGGCCGCCGGGAGGAGACGAGACAGGGAGAAGCCUGAAAAACACACAAGAGACACCAUUUGACUCAAAGGCAUGGCUGUCUCCCCCUCCCCAUGUGUGGGAGCCAUUGGCAUAAAGAAUCACAAUACAGUGCUUUCCAAACUGGAGAGAAAAGAUAAUGAGUGUCACACUUUACUUUGAAGAAUAUUAUUGCCAUUUAUAUCUGUCUAGAGGUUAUAAACGGUAUUGACUUGUUCCAUCCAGUCCAUCAUGUGUUAAGAAUAUGGCAUUUAAAGGGCCAGUUGAUCUCAAAACAAAAAUAUUUUUCCGUAGAGAUGUCUACCCUCUCUCGAGUAUAAUGGAACUAAAUGAUUUUGGCUUUGUGGACCACCAGCAAAGUGCAUUUGCUCCAUUGUUCCAAGGCAGAGGAAAAAUUUAUGUUUUUGAUUUUGGGGUGAAAAGUCCCUUUUAUGCUUUUAAAUACACAUCUUACCACUUUAUCAUGAAGAGGUUUUUUUCCAGCUGCCAGCAAUCAUGAAUUAAUCAGCUUUAUUGAGGCUCUGGGACUUUGACGUUCCAUCAUAUUUUGUUAGAAAUCAACUGUUUCAUGUGAAGUCAGUUGCAAUAAGCUUUAAGAGACUUUAGAGAGUUGCUGAUGUCAUUCAGGUACCAGGUUCAGUCAAAGUUGGUGAAUCAGUGAAGUGGCCGGUCUGAUGAGAGGAUUGUUGUCGAGUACCAGUAAACCCAGUCAGAUGGUCUUUGUUUUUGCACUGGGAAGAAAUGCUGCAGAUGCUUUUGAAACUGUGUUGCUCUUAAUGUGAAUAAAAAAAAUAAAUAAAA